AUAAUAUGAUUAGAAAAAUGGAAUAUUAUAGCAAAUCACCCAAUUUCACAUUCACUCAUCUAAUUUAUCCAAGCAGCCCCUCUUGUAUCCUUUUUUAAAUCAAAGUCGGUUUACAUUACAGCUCCUUUACUUCCACAACACUUCCAAAUCUUCUUUUUCUCUUUACUUUGAAAAAGCUUACAACUUUCUUCCAAAUCUUUCUUCUUAAACUUCUGGGUUUUUCUUUAUACGACCAAGCAAACGCCUCAUUGCUGUGUCGAAAGCACAAACCAAACGGAAAAAAUUAAGCUCCCUAGAAGGAUUGGGAAACUUGACCAGCGAAAAGAGGCGACUUUGAUGCUAAGUCAUUGUUGCUUGAAAGAUUCCCCCAUCUUGGGUUAUUAUUAGAGAAAAAAAGUUUCUCCUGGAAAGAUGAGGGAAAAUUCUUGGUUUUUAAUUUGCAUGUGGGUUUUGUUAGUGGGGAAUUGUUUGGGGAGGUUUGUGGUGGAGAAGAACAGCUUGAAGGUGACUUCGCCGGAAUCAAUCAAAGGGGUUUAUGAGUGUGCGAUUGGGAAUUUUGGGGUUCCUCAGUAUGGGGGUACCUUGGUUGGCACUGUUGUUUAUCCUAAAGCUAAUCAAGGCGCUUGCAAGUCCUUCGAUGAUUUUGACAUCUCUUUCAAAUCAAAGCCUGGGGGAUUACCCACUUUUCUCCUUGUUGAUCGUGGAGAUUGUUUCUUCACCUUGAAGGCAUGGAAUGCUCAGAAAGCUGGAGCUGCUGCUAUUCUUGUUGCUGACAGCAAGGAUGAGCCCUUGAUUACCAUGGAUACCCCUGAAGAAGAAAAUGCUAAUGCUGAAUACCUGCAGAACAUCACCAUUCCAUCAGCCCUUAUCAGUAAAUCACUAGGGGACAGCCUCAAGAAGGCCCUUAACGGUGGGGAGAUGGUUAAUAUGAAUCUUGACUGGAGGGAGUCACUUCCUCAUCCUGAUGAACGGGUUGAGUAUGAGUUCUGGACAAAUAGCAACGAUGAGUGUGGGCCAAAGUGUGACAGCCAGAUAGAAUUUGUCAAGAACUUCAAAGGAGCUGCUCAAAUACUUGAGCGGAAGGGCUACACUAUGUUCACCCCCCACUAUAUAACUUGGUAUUGCCCUGAAGCUUUUAUUUUGAGCAAACAGUGCAAGUCACAGUGUAUCAAUCAUGGGAGGUACUGUGCUCCAGAUCCUGAGCAAGACUUCAGUAAAGGUUAUGAUGGUAAAGAUGUGGUGGUUCAAAAUCUUCGCCAAGCUUGCUUGUUCAAAGUUGCCAAUGAAAGUGGAAAGCCAUGGCUUUGGUGGGAUUAUGUUACGGACUUUGCUAUCCGCUGCCCGAUGAAAGAGAAGAAAUAUAACAAGGAGUGUGCAGAUAAAGUUAUCCAAGCCCUUGGUGUUGAUCUCAAUAAAGUAGACAAAUGUAUUGGAGACACUGAGGCUGAUGUGGACAACCCAGUGCUGAAAGCUGAGCAAGAUGCACAGAUUGGAAAAGGCUCCCGUGGAGAUGUAACUAUACUGCCAACCCUUGUGAUAAACAACAGACAGUAUAGAGGGAAGUUGGACAGAGGAGCUGUUCUCAAGGCAAUUUGUGCAGGUUUUCAAGAGACCACAGAGCCAGCAAUUUGCUUAACUGAAGAUAUACAAACUAACGAGUGCUUAGAAAACAAUGGUGGUUGCUGGCAGGACAAAAGUGCCAACAUAACUGCAUGCAGGGAUACCUUCCGGGGAAGAGUGUGCGAAUGCCCGUUAGUUAAUGGUGUGAAGUUUUCUGGAGAUGGUUAUACACAUUGUGAAGCUUCUGCGGCUUUACGCUGUGAAAUCAACAAUGGAGGAUGUUGGAGAGAAACACGGGAAGGAAGGACAUACUCUGCUUGUAUUGUGAGUGUCUCUCUGUCUAUCUCUUUAUUUAUCUCUGCAUCAUUUUCCCGGUUUCUUAGUUAUUUGGUUCUGGAAUGGAAUGUUCAGGAUGAUCAUUCACAUGGUUGCAAGUGCCCAUACGGAUUCAGGGGUGAUGGAGUCAAGAGCUGUGAAGAUGUUGAUGAGUGCAAGGAGAAGCUGGCCUGCCAAUGUCCUGGUUGCAAAUGCAAAAAUACCUGGGGCAGUUAUGAGUGCAGCUGUAGUGGUGGUUCAUUGUACAUGCGAGAGCAUGACACAUGUAUCAGUAAGAAUGUUAAAACAGAGGUAAGCUGGGGCUCUGUUUGGGUAAUAAUUCUUGGAUUGGUUGCUGCUGGAGCUGGAGGGUAUGCCAUUUACAAAUACAGAAUCCGGAGAUACAUGGAUUCAGAGAUUCGGGCUAUAAUGGCACAAUACAUGCCAUUGGAUAAUCAACCAAACAACGUUCAUCAUCCAGACAUUUAAAGUGCCUCUUCUGAUUGGGUUGGUUAUAUAUUAGUAGGUUUUAUAUUUUUGAGUCACGUAACUUAUUUGGCUUCUCUUCGACAUUGUAAUUCUAAAUAAAGAACAAUUUUCAUAA